AUGAAAUCCAAUCGCGGCACGGCUGUCUUGGAACACCCUCCUCAGAGAGUUCUGACGAAGGGAAUCGCUGGCAUUGGAAAAUCUGUCGCUGUGCAGAAGUUCACUCACGACUGGGCAGCAGGAGAAGCCAACCAAACUACUGAUUUCAUAUUUCCAUUCACAUUCAGAGACUUAAACUUGAUAAAAGAUAAGGAUUGGAGUCUUCUGACAUUAAUAGGUCACUAUUUUGUAGAAGUGAAGGAUUUGAAAGAGUCAGACUACAGCGAAUCAAGUGUUUUGUUCAUCUUCGACGGCCUGGACGAAAGCCAAUUACCUCUGGACUUCAACAACAAUGAGAUGUGCCGCGAUGUUACAAAGACCACAACAUUAGACGUCCUGCUGACCAACUUAAUCUCAGGGAAACUGCUGCACAAAGCCUCAGUCUGGAUCACAAGUAGACCAGCUGCAGCCUCUAAGAUUCCUCCUGAGAUCUUCCAAAGGCUGACCGAGGUACGAGGCUUUAAUGAUAAGCAGAAGGAGGAGUACUUUCAGAAGAAAGUUAGUGACAAGGAAAUGGCUCAGAAGAUCUCUGAUCAUCUUCAGUCAAAGACACAAAGAAGUCUGUACAUCAUGUGCCACAUCCCAGUCUUCUGUUGGAUUUCAGCCACGGCUCUCCCGAGUCUCCUAACAGAAACAGAAGAAGCAGAGCUGCCCAAGACUGUGACUGAAAUGUACACACACUUCCUGAUCAUCCAGACAAAGCUGAAGGAAUAUCAGGAAGGUGAAACAGACAAAGAUGUGAUCAUGAAAUUGGGAAAGCUGGCAUUUGAACAGCUUAAGAAGGGCAACAUACUCUUCUAUGAAAACGAGUUUAAAAGUUGUGGAAUUGAUCUGAAAGAAGCUGCAGUUAAUUCAGGAGUUUGUACACAGAUCAUAAGAAAAGAAUCUGGACUUCACAAACAAGAGAUUUACUCCUUCAUUCAUUUGAGUACUCAGGAGUUUCUGGCAGCUCUGUACGUGUUAGAGACUUUCUUAGAUAGAGGAGAAAAUCUGCUUUCCAGCUCAACAAGUGUGAAAGUGCCAUCAGAGAAAAGACGACAGAAACAUCCCAUCCCAUUCCUCCUCCACAAGAAUGCAGUGGAUAAGGCUUUGGUCAGCAAUAAUGGAAAAUGGGACUUGUUUCUGCGCUUCCUGCUCGGUCUGUCACAGGAUAAAAAUCAAGAGCUUCUUCAGAAACGAGUUGGAUUCAAAGGAAGACGUCCACAGAGCAACCAGGAGACAAUCAAGUUCAUUCACGAGAAGAUCAAGAUACUGUCCAACAGCGAGAAGAGCAUCAACCUGUUCCACUGUUUAAAUGAGUUGGGUGACCAGUCUCUGGUAGAGCAAGUCCAAAAGUACCAGAGCUCAGGAAAGUUUGGUAAACUCUUACCUGAACAUUGGUCAGCUCUGGCCUUUCAGCUGCUCGUUUCCAAUGAAGACCUGGAUGUCUUUGACCUGAAGAAAUACAAAGGAUCAGAGGAAGUUCUGGAGAGGCUACUGCCAGUGCUCAAAGCAUCAAAGAAAGCUUUGUUAAGUAACUGUGACCUCACCGAUAGAUGUUGUGAGAACAUUUCAUCAGUUCUCAGCUCAAAGUCUUCUGGUCUGGAGGAGUUAGACCUGAGUGGAAACGAUCUGUAUGACUCUGGAGUGGAGCUGCUCUCUGACGGUCUAAAAAGUCCCAACUGCAAACUCCAGAGACUCCGGUUAAGUAACUGUAGCCUCACCUACAGAUGUUGUGAGAACAUUUCAUCAGUUCUCAGCUCAGAGUCUUCUGGUCUGGAGAAGUUAGACCUGAGUGGAAACUAUCUGCUGGACUCUGGAGUGGAGCUGCUCUCUGACGGUCUAAAAAGUCCCAACUGCAAACUCCAGAGACUCCGCCUGACAUGCUGCAGGUUAACAGCAGCUGGCUGCCGGUCUUUGACGUCUGCUCUCAGCGACUCCUCUGAUCUCAGAGAACUCAACCUGAGCUACAACUACCUGGAGAACCAGGGGGUGGAGCUGCUCUCUGAUUGGCUGAGGAAACCCCAGUGUAGACUGGAGAUACUGAGGUGAGACUUCUCAGACAGUUUUCUGUAAU